CGACAGGUCGACCUUCAAGUGCUCAGUAACCUCCAUCAGGGAGCGAAGCUACUGGAUGGUUGCCGUUUGACAAUGUCUCAGGCUGAUGCUGUUUUUCCGUCACUUGCUUUUCCUGAAUCUGAAGUAAGCCCUCUUCAAAACCUAGCGUCACUUAUCAGAUCCUAAACAACAUGAUUUUAGUUGGAGAUGCUCACUUUCUUACUAGGCUUCAUAACUUUGAGAUUUUAUCUUCCGAACCAGGUUAGUUUACCUCAUUUUUUACUUCCCAGUAAACAUCACCCCAUCCACAUCUGAUUACUUACAAAACGAAUUCAAAAACUUGUCCCUUAAGUUUGAUCAUUUGUAUGCUUCUACACAUAAAAGUAAAGUAGAAUUCCGUAUCCUGACCUAUAAGACCUUAAAGUUCUUCAGGAACUCGACUCAGAACUGCAUUCAUUAGACAGAACCUUUACUGUGGACAAACGCUUGGAAUCUUUCGCGCCACUCACAGAUAUUAAAAAAGGGACAAAUAUCCGCACUGUAAGUUCAUAAUCGUCACCGUCAAGUUUUCAUUUUGUUGUGAGAUAAGGUGCUAAGGUGAUUUUACACCUCAUUCUAAACAGUAAGACAUAAUCCUAAGUGGUUUCUAAAAUUCUUAAAAAGCAGGUAGUAAUAUUCCCGAACGUAACAUAUACAUUGGGAAGUGUUAUUAAAAUCAUACAGGGUACCAAUCAUGGAUGCCUAGUUCGGUAGUGACUUUGUUAAAUUGAAUUUAUCCCAAAUAUUUUCUAUCACUAUUACAACACAAAAAUGGAGCCGUAGAUAUUUUUAGUAAAGUUUAUCUCAAUGAUGGCGCACAACUUUGUUCAACAUUAUUGGUUAAAGUCUACGCAUUGGUGCAAUAAGAGACAAAAAGCUACGAUUAGGACAGUUACUUCCUCAAAACUUUGAGCCCCAUCAGUAGUAAUGUCAAAUAUCCAGAGAUCAGAUAUCAGGAUAUAGUAUUAUGAACUUAUCUGUUGGAUUUAAAUAAAUUUGUACUAUCUACUCGAUAAGUGCUUCGAUAACGCCAUGAAAUAAGGUUGGUGACUUUUUAAAAUCAUCAGUGAGUAGUUUGCAUAGUCCCAUCAAGUACUCGUGCUUCAGUAAUUUUAAGUGAUUUCAUCGUAAAUUGAAUGGUACAUCUUACUCCAUCUAUGUUAAUGGAAUUCUAAUCCCUAUUUGGUUUUGUUUUCAUUAAGACAUUGCUAAUUGUUUUGAUUAGUGCGAUGUCAUCUUUAUAACCUUACAUUUUGUAUGCAAAUGUAUCAUAUCUAUACAAGUGGUUCUGUAAAAAUUGGUGUUUCAAAAGUUAUUAUUUGCAAAACCAUCCAUCCGAAUCAUAAACUGCACUUAUGAUCAAGUUAUGAAUGGGUUCUCUGACGUGUUCUAGUUGAGAUUCCGUGAUCUGUAUAGUGAGCCUAUCAUGAAAUAAGACAUAAACUCAUUAAUGACGUUGAACGAGGAUCGUGCUAUAUCGUGAACGAAAUGUUACUAGAAACGUGGACCAUUAAGUCUCGACUUAUUAGUUAAAUGGUAUCGUACUUGGUGCGAAAACCAAUGACUGGACUCAGUUCUUCACGUGGUCGUUGAUGUGUACUGCUACAAUGUUCUAUGGCAAAACAGCACCGUUUUAUAAUGUUGCAUGAUUUCCUGGCUUACACCAUUUCGUGAAAUAAACUCCCAAAAAGUACUGUGUUUACUAGUAUUUGAAGUGUGAGGCGAAAGGAUUAAAUCUUUACUUCUCGUUUAGUAAACACUAACAUUCCCCAAAACAUUUGAUCCUUAGGUUUCAGGACUUUUAUCUGAUUCUAAGUUAUGGUGAUGAAAUUAUUAUGAUGAAAUCAACCCUAUUGUCUAAUUCAUUUUUUGAGUGCUUCUUGGCAAGUUUUUUUGGUUUCUGAUAAGUAUUGUGGACAAUCAACCUCUAUAUUAUUAAUUUGUAGAUAAAGUAUCAAACAGACUUAAUGAUGACUUUAAAAGAAAAAGACCUAAAUCUUCUUAGUUUGGCUACUGGACAAGAUAAAUUCAUACAUGAUGAACUGGUUAGAGAUAUAAAGACAUUACGUACACGCAUAAAAUCAAUAAAAAACAAACCUAAAAGAAAGCAAACUAUGUAUUGUCAAGAAUGGUAUGCCCAAAAACUUGGAAGAAUAGUUCAAAAUUCGUCCUGUGUUAUAUUGAGGUUUAAUACUAACGAGAGUCAACUGGCAAAGAGUCUAGUUGAAAAACCUUUACUCCGCGGUUUUUUGAAACAUGGAGAUUUCGGAACUAUAGCACUGACUAAUACCAGAGUUAUUGGCUGCCACGAUAGCAUAAUCAGUUUGUGUGAAUGUCUCACACCAAACCUCACUCCAAGUACAAUCGUAGCAUGCAUCCAGCAACAUCUGCGUGUAGACUUUAUCUUGAGAGAGGACAUAAAACGACUCAGUUCAAUGUAUCCACUUGACUGGGAUCCAGCUGCACGCAAUCUUCAUUUGCUAGCAGGUCAAGGGGUUAUGGCGACAGCGACUAUACAUAUAGCUCCGAACGGUUCAAUCAGUCUUGUGAAAAUUAGGAAAUCAUCCAAUCCAGAUCAUCCCAAUCCACAUUUGGCAGAACCACGUAAUUUUGUUCCACCGAUUUCGUGGUCUUUAGAUGAGUGGUUGAUGGAAAUCAAUGACUUUUGUAACUCAGUCAUCCCAACAAGCUAACUAUUUUCAAUCUACUUAUGCAAUUCCAUCUCAAUUUUCUCACCCGACAAUACCUAUUUUUUUAACUGUGAGAUUGUUAUUUCUAAUGCUUUUAAUAAAUGUACAUACCUGGUGCCACAAA